UUUAUUUCUAUCUUCCCACAAUAGAAAAAGGAGAGAGAAUAGAGAGCUAUCAAGUAGUCUCUUUCUCUUUCUCAGAGGGAUGGCACGAACUACCUUGGAUUUUUCUUCAACCUUUCAACGCCCUCACCCAACAGCAAUCAUCAUGCCCUCACCCUCCUUGCCCUUCUCUCUGAUCGUCCAUAACCAUCAUCAUCAUUACCCCCUCAAGGCUCCCACUCCUUAUUCCUUUAUCACAAACAUCAUCAUCCCCCAACCUUUUGCUCCUGAUGCUGCUGAUGAUGAUCAUCACCUUCACCAUCACAAGCACCACACAGCACAAGCCCAAGAAGAAGACGACGAACACAACCAAGGAAGAUCCAAAGUUGCUGCUGCUGCUGCUUCGCUCAUGCGCAUGAGAAAAACCCUAAGUUCGCAUCUAGCUAGCUAGCUUCAGCAACUUAUAUAUAUUGAGUUGUGAGAAGGGUCUUGGCUCUUUUGCUACGAGGAUCCCAACUACUCACACUCUUGGGGAAUCAAGCGUCUCGGUCCGAUCCAUUUUCUGUUUUUGUUUUUGCUAUAAGUAUAUUAAUUGCAUGUUACUAAUUAAUUAAGCAGCUUUUUUUGUUUUCUCUUUUGAAUUUUAUACCAAUUUUUAGUUUGAAGGAUUGUGUUAGUUUGCUUUGUCACCAUCUUCCUUCUCUCCUUCUCUAUUUCUAAGUGUGCAACUGUUCUUACUUUGUGAUUGAUAAACUUUGUCUAUAUCGAAAUUCAAGGCUUGGGUACGAUA